AUGGCCAUGUUGGCUGUCCUGUUCCGCAUCAAUGCUUCAUUAAUUUACCGCUGCGUCGUUCUCAGCGCUGCCGUCGCAAUCCUCGCCUAUACCUUGACCUUGACUAGCAUCACCGGCGGCCCGUGUAAUACUCUUAAAUCUGGAACGAUUAGUUGUUUGGAGAACGUGGCUUUGGCACAAGCUGUGAUGAACAUCGUCUCCGAUUUUGCUGUCAUAGCGAUACCUAUCCCAACCAUCCAUAGGCUUAAGUUUACAUUGAAACAGAAAGUCUCGGUUGGAUGUAUCUUAGCUAUGGGGUCUGGUGUCGUCAUUCGCUCCAUAGCUCGUCUACCGUACGUUCUCAUCCUCGACAAAACUGCCGAUGUUACCUAUACCGAGGCCAUUCUAGGCGUGUGGUCAAUCGUUGAGAUCAACCUUGGCAUCACUUGUGGCUGUGCAAUGAGAUCAAAGUCCCUAGCUGUGAAGUACUUGCCCCAGCUUGGAUUCUUCUCUUCUAACCCACAAGAGAGCGAAACCCAUGAUUCGAGGCGCAAAGGCCUCCACAAAGAUGAGGACAGCGCCCAACGAUCGUACCAGCUCCACAACGUCCGAAAGGAUAGAAUUGAGCUAGAGUUCGACAGUGGAAUGAGCGACUCAUAUAGACCCGGCCUGAGGAGCAGAGAUUCGGAUAACGGGAGCACAGAUAAAAUAUUAAGUUAA